UAUUUAUGUCUAUAUAUUGACUACUAGUCCGCCACAUCUUUUGCUACUCCAUAACAGCAAUAAACUUGUGAUUGUGUUUCGGACUUGCCGCAAUACAAACAGAAAAAAAUGGUAGUUGCUGGACCAGUUAACAAUGGUGGUGGUGCUCUUGGCUUGGCAGGCAUGAAGGGUCUCAGCGUCCAAAUCUUAACUGGGCGUUGGUUCAUGGUAUUUGCAUCGUUUCUAAUCAUGUCCGCUGCAGGAGCUACCUACAUGUUUGGUAUAUACUCAAGCGACAUCAAAGAAGUGCUUGGCUACGACCAAAGCACCCUCAAUUUGCUCAGCUUUUUUAAGGACUUGGGUGCCAAUGUUGGUGUCCUCUCCGGCCUAAUCAACGAGGUUACACCCCCAUAUGUAGUCUUAUCAAUAGGUGCAGUCCUAAACUUUUUUGGGUACUUCAUGAUCUGGCUAGCCGUGACCAAAAAAAUAUCAACUCCAAAAGUUUGGCAAAUGUGCUUGUACAUUUGCAUAGGUGCAAACUCCCAGUCUUUUGCCAACACUGGUUCCCUUGUUCCCUGCGUAAAGAACUUCCCUGAAAGUCGUGGUUCUGUGUUGGGGAUUCUAAAAGGUUACGUGGGUCUAAGUGGUGCUAUAAUCACACAAUUAUACCACGCUUUAUAUGGGACUGACUCAAAGUCCCUUAUAUUGCUUAUAGGCUGGCUUCCAGCUGCUAUAUCAUUAGUUUUUCUUCGAACUAUUCGGUACAUGAAGGUCAUUCGCCAGACGAAUGAGGUCAAAGUUUUCUAUAAUUUCCUCUAUAUUUCACUUGGCCUUGCAGGGUUUUUGAUGAUUAUGAUUAUAGUACAAAGACCGGUUCAGUUCACACGGGGUGAGUAUGGUAUUAGCGCUGCCGCGGUGCUUGUCUUGCUCUUUCUUCCACUUGCUGUUGUUAUUGCCGAAGAGUUUAAGCUUUGGCAGAGCAAGAACUUAGCAGUGAAUGACCCAACUCCCUUGAAGAUAAUCACUGAGAAGCCGAGCCCAGCAGAGACAAUUCCAUCUCUACCAGCACCAUCAUACAAUACCACCACAAAUUCACUCACUGAGACUGAGCCAAGCACAGAAAAGCAAGCUUCUUGUUGGAGAACAGCGUUCAGGCCACCAGAUAGAGGAGAUGACUAUACAAUAUUACAAGCACUUUUCAGUGUUGACAUGUUAGUUCUUUUCAUGUCAGCAAUUUGUGGUGUUGGGGGUACUCUAACAGCCAUAGACAAUUUGGGACAAAUUGGAGCUUCUUUAAGGUACCCAAAGCAAAGUGUUAGCACUUUUGUGUCCCUUGUUAGUAUUUGGAAUUAUCUUGGACGGGUAGCCUCAGGAUUUGGGUCUGAAAUUGCUCUAAAAAGAUACAAAUUCCCUCGUCCUCUCAUGCUCACUCUAACCCUUUUAUUAUCAUGUGCUGGUCACCUUCUAAUCGCGUUUAAUGUCCCCAACGGACUCUACUUGGCAUCAAUAAUUAUUGGGUUUUGUUUUGGUGCACAAUGGCCAUUACUUUUCGCAAUAAUUUCUGAGCUUUUCGGCCUUAAGUACUACUCAACUUUGUACAAUUUUGGGUCAGUGGCUAGCCCAAUUGGGCUAUAUGUGCUGAAUGUGAAGGUCACUGGAUAUUUGUAUGAUAAGGAGGCUGAGAAGCAAAUGGCAGCAUCGGGACUCAAAAGGGUGGCUGGGGAAGAGUUAGAUUGUACAGGAGUGGAUUGCUUCAAAUUGUCUUUUAUUAUUAUUACUGCGGUUACAUUGUUUGGUGCACUUGUUUCCCUCAUUUUGGUGCUUCGGACAAGGAAGUUCUAUAAGAGUGACAUUUACAUGAAGUUUCGGGACCAAUCUAAGCAAGCUGAGACAGAGAUGGCCAUGAAUGGAAAUGGCACUGGACAAUCAGAGACAAAAGGUGGCUAGAGAUUUUAAUGUUUACUUUAACAAUUUUUGAAAUAGAUAAAUGUAUAGGUAUAAAAUAUAAAUGAAAAUGUAGCAUGGCAGAAGUAUAUAUUGAUAUUAAAAAAGAAGAAGGAAGAACUAAAUUGGUGUGUCA